GGGUGGAGUAAUGAUGAUGAUGAUGACGAGUAGGAGGAAGAGGACAGCAGAGAAAACACAAACCAGACUCUGAGAGAGACGCAACUUAACGUGAAAUCUUCUCGAAUAAAAUGCAGUUUUGAGCGAUCUGCUCCUCCGCUUUCAUCAGAUUCUCUCUCGCGCUGUUUCUGGAGUUUAUCAGAUCAUCAUGAGGCGGAUGAUCGUGUGUGCGCUGCUUCUGAGUCUCCUGGCCUCAGGGAUUGUGUGCAUCCAGGUCAGCCUCUCUGAGUCGGAGAAGCGCACGACUCUCUUCGCGUCGGUCAUCUUGCGCUGUGAUUACUCCACCUCCGCUCAGCUGCAGAAUGUGGUGGUCACUUGGAGAUACAAGUCCUUCUGCAAAGACCCUGUUCUGGACUACUACUCCACAGCGUACCAGUCUUCACUUCAGUUGGGUCGAGAUCCUGCCAAUGACUGCGUGGACUCGCAACGCACCAUCCGAACCGUGGCUCAGAAACUGGGAUCCAACGAGGCGAUGCUGGGCAACGAGUACAGAGAUCGCAAAAUCUACAUUCAGAACAAGGCUGAUCUGGUCAUUCAGGAGGUGAUGUGGUGGGAUAACGGGAUGUAUUUCUGCUCUGUGGAAGCACCUGGAGACACAGCCGGAGAUUCAGACCAAGAGAUGAAGCUCAUCGUGUACCAUUGGCUGACGGUUCUCCUCAUCGUCUUCGGUGCGCUGAUGCUCAUCAUCCUCUUGUGUAUCUGCUGCUGUCAGUGCUGUCCGCAGAAGUGCUGCUGUUACGUGCGCUGCCCCUGCUGCCCAGAGACCUGCUGCUGCCCCGCAAAACUGGUGAUGCAGCACCGGAUGAUGAAGGAGGCGCAGAAGGCCAUGUCUCCGUGGAUGAACGGUCAGCCGAUCUACGCCCCGAUGAGCAACCACAGCUCCUCGUACCAGAUGAACCCCAUGCUGUACGCAGGCUCCGUGUCAGGUAAAGGUGGGAUGACGCCGGUGCCUCUGCCUCCUCCUCACAUGGCAGCGAUGUCUCCUCACGGUGUUCCCGGUAACGGCAGCGCUCACGGGACGAAUCAGGUGCUGGACUAUCUGGAGCAUCAGAUGCAGGGCAUGGACGUCUCCAGCCCUCAGCUGCAGCCCUCCAUCCCUCUGCAGCAUCUUCCUCCUCCUCCCCAGCACAUGCCCCAGCGCAUCCCCUUCUCCGCCGGGCCCCCCAGCAUGCUCUCCGGCCUGGACGACGGCCCCCUGUCCCGCAGGGCCCCGCCUGGCUCUCGAGGAGCCCACUCCAGCGGCUCGUACCAGCGCUAUCCUCGCCCGGCCGUCCAGCGCAGCUACAGUCAGGAGGACAUGCUGGACACUCGGAGCCGGCCCGGAGCGUACCGGCCCCGCUCACGCUCCAGAGAGGACCUGCUGGCUGACGAGCGCCGGGGCCCAUCCAGACGAGACAAUUAUUCCCCUCUGCCCCACCGCGGCUCCUGGAGCUCAGCCGCUGACGAGGACAGCAGACGAGGAGGCGCUCGAGGAGGAGGCUGGAACGAUUAUCUGCCCAGCUACAGCGAGUACGAGCCGGGGAAGAAGCCGACCAAGCGGCCCGAGCGCUUCUCUGAUAAGAGCUCUCGCAGCGGCACCAGUAUAGUCAUCUGAUCACAGCGCUGUAGACCGACUUCACGGAGGUGUCUGUGUUCAUCUGCACAGAACAAAGCACAUUUAUUUUAUUGAACAUGUUUGAAGGAUGUUACUCUGAACACUGAUCGCUGAUUUCUUUUUUAUAUUUUGUGCAGAGCAGUUUAUAUUAAUGUGAAUAUGAAAUCAUCUUCUAGUAAUGACAUUAGAGGAAGCUGUAUUUUAAUGAUAUAAUUUUUUAGGUUGCUUGGGUUUCAGGAUGUAUCUGUAUACUGUACAUAUAACUUCUUUUGUGUCAAUAUAUUUAUUAAUAUAUUGGGUUUUUAGUAAUGUAGCCACAGCAUAGGGAUAUAAUGCAGUACAACACAAGAAAUGUGAAUGAGACUCUUGUUUGCAUUAAAUGUUAUGACUCCUGAAAUGCUAAUUAUCAGAUCAGUAAUGAGUUAUUGGUUUUUGAUGUGUGCUUGCUAUGAAUGAACUGUGAACAUCAGUGCUUUGUCUUUGGCUGCAUGAACACAAAGAAUAACUUAUACAGACGUCCAAUGUGUGUUUAGUUUUAUUGAUCAAACUCAGGUCACGCUGUUCUUUAGUCUUUCUGUAAAUAGUGUCUUUGUGUGUCUUUUACAGACUGCUUCCUGCAUCCAAGUUAAAAACCAAUCAUUCUUCAGCCUCACGUUUAUAUGAAGUUUGUGAAUCACUGUUCUUGCAUCUGAGCUGUACUGAUGGCAGGCGUUGUGCAAAUGUAAAGAACAGCCUGCUUAUUAAUGUUUGUGCAUCUCGUGCAGACACUUUUCCAUCUGCUUAAAUAAAUCCUGAGGUCUGUACACGUUGUUCAGUGCUUCUUGAUCUUCAGGCCAGUAUCAUCUGAUCACAGCAUGCAUUCAUGGCUUCGAGCAGAGCGAGUGAUUUCUCUGAGCUGGAGCUGAAGGACUGUGGUUUUAUUCAUAUAGCUGUGGUUCACACGAGUCACCUGAGCAAGGUGUUUCUGAUCAUAUUUGCUCUGUUACAGAACCCCAGGCGGUUUCACAAAACAAUUAAAACAGGAAGUUAAAAUACGAUAUGUGCAGCAACAUGUGUUCCCAUAUUACACAAAGUAC